AUGGGCAUAGUUUGGCACAGUGACCGUGAUUUCUUCGGAAUUGGUCAUAUUGAGCUGCAAUGCGAAAUGAUACCAGGCCAACUCGUCAUCACCGAGCCGAAGGAGUACACUACGCCAGAAUUUUCGGCAGCUAAUGACACUGCAUGUCCCUUUUUACCAACCCACAUUCCUAGAGUAUCUCCAACCAAAGCCGUGGUGGAUAUCGACUCACGCUUACCGUCGUUGUAUCAUUGGAAGUCCAUUCGCAUCCCGUUGGGAUUAAGCUUCGACCAUGACCAGGAUUCAGGAAAGCAGCCCUGCAAGCUACUGCUAUCAUCCAUGUCUUCUCCUUCAGUGACUGAUAUAUCGCACAGCACUAUCCAGGCUGCCCUAAACAGAGAACCAAAGCCAUCGCCUCCUGCAGCGGAACUCUUACGCAAAGCAAGGCUACAACUAGGUAUAUGCAACACAGCAGGCAAGAAUCUAAGCACUUCGCUGUCCGAACCUAGUAUAUCGUUAGUCUGUCAACAUAUCUAA